AUGUCAGAGAUCGUCGCCCCCGGAGGACCUUUGCCUCCGAUCCCAGACAAUAUGACCAUACCACAAUUCUUGCUCGACGGAGAACAGCACCCAACCCGUCCUCCGCAUGAUCCUUCUGUCCCUUGGUUCAUCGAUGGGACUUCAGGAACGAAGAUCAGUAGGGAGAUGGUGGUCGCGCGAACGGCAGCACUCGCUGCUGUCCUCAAACGGGACUACAACUCAAUAUGUUGGUUUAGGCCGGCCAAUCCAGCAUAUACCGCAGAUGAAUUGAAGGAGCACCUCGCCGGAAUCCAGCUUGCCUUGCUUGUCACUCAUUCCACUUCCCUUUCUGUGGCGGAGGAGAUUGCCAGAGGUUGCGGAAUGGCAAGAGGUCGCAUCAUUGUAUUGGACAACACCUCUGAACAGCAUACCUUCCCGACUGUCGAAAAUCUCAUUGCAGACGGCUUGAACGCUCCUCAUACCUUUAUCGAAAGGCGUCUGAAUCCGGGCGAGGGAAAGGAGAGAAUCGCUUUCCUAUUCUUCUCAAGCGGGACGACGGGCAAACCGAAGGCUGUAGCAAUUUCCCAUUAUGCAGUGAUCGCGAAUUUGGUUCAGACGGCAUGGCAUAUUGAGUUCAAUCGCGAUCCUUCGCCUUACGAUGAAGCGCGAUACCGGGUUGGUGAUAUCGCACUGGCAGUUAUCCCCUUCUUCCAUGUCACUGGGAUGAUGGUGCUCACACACGUAUAUGUCUACGGUGGUAUAACUGUAAUCAUACUGCCCAAGUUUGAGCUUUCAGGAUUUCUUAGCACCAUACAGACCUAUCGAGUCAGGCACCUCUUAGUCGCGCCGCCCAUCCUGGUACUUCUGUGCAAGCACCCCAUGACAGCGAAGUAUGAUAUAAGCUCUCUUCGCUGUAUCAUGAGCGGUUCGGCUCCGCUUUCGACGGAAAUACAACGUCAGUUCAUUGCAAUCGUACCUAAAUGUUCUAUUGGCCAAGGAUAUGGAAUGACUGAAACAUGUUCAUCGGUGGCCCUUUCUCCUAACCGUCAGCAGUACAGCGAGAAUGGUGCUGUUGGACGACUACUGGUCGGAAACACAGCCCGAGUUGUUAAACGGGACGGUUCAUCUGCAGCAAUCGGAGAACAAGGUGAACUUUGGGUCCGCACUCCUUCCGCUGCUCUUGGAUAUUACAAGAACGAUGAGGCCACGAAGGAGACCUUCACCCCGGACGGAUGGGUGCGCACUGGCGAUGAAGUGAUUAUGAACAGAGACGCUGAAAUAACCAUUAUUGACCGUAUCAAGGAGUUGAUAAAAGUGAAAGGUUUUCAAGUCGCGCCGGCGGAACUCGAGGGUGUCCUACACGAACAUCCGGAUAUCUCUGAUGUCUGUGUUGUCGGUAUACCAGACGAAUACACUGGUGAAGCUCCACGGGCGUUUGUAGUAGCGACACAAGGUGCCCGUGAGCGCAUGAAGGACCCAUGGGAAGAAGCUAAGAUCAAAAAAUCAAUUAUCGAUCAUGUUGAUCACCGCAAAGUCGAGUACAAGAGACUCACUGGGGGUGUACAAUUCGUUGAUGCCAUCCCCAAGAAUCCUUCUGGGAAGCCGUUAAGACGUAUUCUUCGUGAUCAAGCUGACGGAAGUGGCCGCAAUUGA